ACCCUCCCUCUCCUGCCUCACAGCCCGUCACCCCUCCUCCUCCUCCGCUGUCCGUGAGUCAGUUCAAACAACUGCAUAGAAGAUGUCUGCCCCAGAUGCUGCCCCAGCUGGAGCCCCUGGCGCUCCAGGAGCCCCUGGUGCAGAUGGAGCCCCAGGCGGUGGACCUCCCGCCCCACCAAAUACCUCCAGUAACCGCAGGCUACAGCAGACACAGGCCCAAGUCGAGGAGGUGGUGGAUAUCAUGCGGGUGAAUGUGGACAAGGUUUUGGAAAGGGACCAGAAGCUUUCAGAGCUGGAUGACAGAGCGGAUGCUCUCCAAGCCGGAGCCUCCCAGUUUGAAAGCUGCGCAGCCAAGCUAAAGAACAAGUACUGGUGGAAGAACUGCAAGAUGAUGAUCAUGAUGGGGAUCAUUGGAGUCAUUGUGGUUGGAAUAAUAUUCUUGUACUUCUUCUACUGAGCUCAGCCCAUCGAUACAGAUGGAUAUGGACUUGAGAAUGACAUAAGAGGAAAGAGAAAAAAAAAGAAACCCAAGCGCCCCCUUUUAUCCGUCCUCUCCUUCCUCUCUUCACAGUCUUCCAUCAAACCAUCUUGCACUUAAACAUGACAAUAGUGUUUCUAGGUGUCUCUGCUCUUUGUCCCCCCCCUUGCCCUCUCUUCUUGCUGCUUUCUUCCACUCUUUUGGCGUCAAGUCUCACUCACUCUCUACUGUCUCUGCACCUCAUGUAUUAUUGAAGGACGCAGCAGGCAGAGUGAAAGAGGAAGAAAGAAAGGGAAGGAGGGAGAGAAAAUUCUUGUGACACACGGGGCUAAGCCCUCUGAACAGAGCAAUGGGGGGAAAUGUACAAUGUACAGAUUGUGAAUGUGUGCAGGGAGUUUGAACAAGAGUUUGCAGUCCUCUCUAUCCCAGAUACGCCAAAGCUUGUUCAUAUUACCUUUUUUGAGAGUCCCACAUUUGUAAAUUGAUACUGACAUGCUCAACUAACACACUCCUUCUGUCACAACUCCUAUUGUCAUUGCUACUUACUAACACAUCGUCAUGUUAGAUUAAAAUUAUGAACAUUUUUGUUGUUUGCGCGUGUGUGUAUUUGUGAUCCAAAGCAUUGUAGCCAAUAGUCUUUUCAAAGAUUAGCUGAUAGGCUUUUAUUAGUAACCUUUAUCGUUUCCUUUUCUGCCUAUCUUUCUCUUACGUAGUCUCCUAUUUCUGCAAUGCUCGGUCAUGACAAUAAGAGAAAGAAAAAAUGAAAGAGACUGUGUGAGAAUAUAAGGCAGGGUUCAGGGAAAGAUAGUGAGAGUAUUGCAGCAUUUCUUUCAUGUAUGAAUAAAACAAAUUUAAUUCUGGACUGAUAAGCAAUUAUUGAUAAUGUAGUUGUAUAACUAUGCUUCAUUUUACCCUGGUUUUUGUACCACAGGUGAUGGCAUAGUAAUUAUGCACAGCAAGAAAAACAGACAAGCAGCCACUAACCGACAAUCUACUGUAUACAUGAACUGAGUGCUCCGACCCAGAGGAAGGUCUCUUAACUCUGAUGUGGACAGAGUCACAGCCAUAGACAGAUGAAUGUGUAGCGUCACAUUUCAAACAGGUACAAAUGCCAACUUGUUUGGAAACUUGUGCAGACAAAGCAUUUGUUGUUUAAGUUGACCUGAUUGUCAAAAAGCAGGAAAAUGGGAGAAAGGACAUGAUUUAGCGACCCAGAGCCACCUGGCUCUCCCACUCCCCCUCCCCUCCCACUCAUAUAAAAACAGACUCACCUGUCACCUGCAGUAUGGUAACGGCCAAAAUGAGGUGUUUGUUUCUAACUUGCAUGGCAAACGGUGUCCAUAGUUUUGCCUUUUUGUGUGACCUGUGUAUCUGCCAUUUCUGAAUCUAACUGCCGAUUGUACAUUUUCUUUUGUUAGUGGUUUAAAGGACCUGUGUAUAAUGUCUUUCUGAUCUGAUAAUUACUGCUUAUGCAAUGCAAUGAUGCUCAAGAGUUUGCCAAAUUUGGUUAAUUUCACUUGCUUUUGAGAGAAAAAUAAUAUUCAGAGACUGCAAACAACUGCUACUAAUAGUGAACUGUUAAAAACGUAGUAUUGUAUGGAUAGAACAAUAGUACACAUCUGUCAGAAUAUGCUCCUGAAAAUGUCUUUAUAAAUUCAUUCAGGUUUUCAGGGGGAGGGGGGGUUGUUGGAUAUAAUAGAAAAGCUAAUUUUCCUCUCUUUGGACUGAUUUUGAGAGUUGAUCAAAUUAAGAAAAUAUGAACAACUUUAUGUGCAAAAUGAAUUUAUGCAUACUUGUAGCAGUUAGCCAUAAUUAUCUGAUGAUACUGUGCAACAAUAUUAUUAGGUAAUUACCACGUGAGAUAUGAGAACAUGUUUUGUGAUUUACAACCUGAAAAAGCAGUAAGAAAUGCAACUGGAUUUGCGAGAAAAAAAACAAAUGCAUGCUUACCACUUUUGCUGAUGCCAAUAAAUAAAUCAUCAACA